AAGCUUUGUCUUGACUCACUACUAAGUUCAGCGUUUGAUUCCGGGCUGGUCGUCAGCGUCAUGGACGAGUCUGAGCCCUUGCUGGCCGCCAGGUCGGACGAGCAAAGACCCGACCGCAAUGGCCGCCGCGGGUGGGGUCUCGGCGCUCCCGACAUGGACUCCGAGCUGGUGGACGACCUGAGACGCAGGCUCAAAUACUUCUUCAUGAACCCGUGCCAGAAGUACAAAGCCAGGGGUCGCAAACCCUGGAAGCUGAUGUUGCAAAUUCUGAAAAUCGUCAUCAUCACCGCCCAGCUGGUCUCCUUUGGACUGAGCAACGAGAUGAUGGUCACGUUUAAGGACGACAACUUGAUGACCUUCCGCAACAUCUUUCUCAAAGGAUACAAGGACCACCAGCGUGGAGGUCAGGUUCUGUACACAGAAGCAGACGUCUAUGAGCACAUUCGCUACGUCGUCGACAGAUACACCCGACUUCAGGACCUAACCAUUGGCAACUUGGCAUACGAGAGGACGGAGGGCAAGUACACGCCUCUGAUUGUCUGCCAGGAGUUCUACAGGAACAGCAACCUUGACCUCCAGAACCCCACCUUCUACAUCCAUACAGAUUGUUUUUCCAUCUAUCCUGUGCAGUCUUUGGACAACCUCAGUCUGGCUACACCUCUCAACUUCUCUUUGGACUUCAGGAGGCUGCUGUCAGUCGAUGUUUAUUUUACUCUGAAAAGCAUCAACCUGCAGACUGUCAGACACCAGCAGCUUCCAGACUGUUUCGUCUUCCAUGUGGUGAUCACCUUCAAUAACCGCGCUCACAGUGGCAACAUCAAGGUGGUCGUUAAGAAUGACGUCGCCAUCAACCAGUGCAGAGACUGGAUUGUGGAGGGAGCGUGCGGGCAGAAGGACUACUGGCUGCUCUUCUUGGACGCGGCCGUCAUCCUCGCCUGCUUGACCUCGCUGCUUCUCUGCCUGCGUUCUGUCAUCAAUGGCAUCCGGCUCCAGUUUGAGUUCAGCACCUUCUUCCACACCUACUACAACAAAAGGGUGAGAAUGUCGGAGCGCAUGGAGUUUGUGAACGGCUGGUACAUUCUCAUCAUCGUCAGCGACACGCUCACCAUCGCAGGUUCGGCCUUCAAGAUCGGAAUACAAACCAAGUUGUUGACGAGUUACGACGUGUGCAGCAUCCUCCUGGGCACCGCCACCAUGCUGGUCUGGGUGGGCGUGUUGCGUUACCUCGGCUUCUUCAAGAAAUAUAACGUAAGACCAGCAUAUAAGGAGAAAACAACAUCACAUUUGACCUUUUUAAUAUCUUUUUACCAGAUCCUAAUUUUGACUCUGAGGGCAACUUUUCCUAACGUGAUCCGCUUCUGCUGUUGUGCCGCCAUGAUCUACCUGGGCUACUGUUUCUGUGGCUGGAUCGUGCUCGGACCCUACCAUGACAAAUUCCGGACGCUGGACAAGGUGACAGAGUGCCUUUUCUCGCUCAUCAACGGAGACGACAUGUACGCCACCUUCAGGAAGAUGCGGACGGACGGCUACAUGGUGUGGCUCUUCUCCCGCCUCUACCUGUACUCUUUCAUCUCUCUCUUCAUCUACAUGGUGCUCAGCCUCUUCAUCGCUCUCAUCACUGACACCUACGAGACCAUCAAGCAUCACCAGCAGGAGAAGGUGGCCACGUCCCAGCUGCAGGCUUUCAUCGCUCAGUGCAGAGACCAGCCCAAGUCUGGAAGAUACAUGACUGACCAGGGAGCAGAAUCCUGCUGCCUCUUUUCUUCUCUUUCUUGGGGCUUUCGUGAAAAAAUAUAACCUCGGAUUUAUGAGAUUCCCUCCUCAGUCAUCUCAUGUGUUUAUGUUUUGGAUAUAAUGACUGCAAACAUACAUAAUACACCUCAACUACUGGCUAACUAUUUUGUUUGUCAACAAAAGAAACAAUCACUUUCCUAAAUGUAGUCUUUGGUGACGGACCCUUGACUCAGUCCCCGAGACCUCGUUGUUACAAUAUGAUUGUUACGUUGAUACUCCAUCAUAUUAAUACAUGUUGCAAAACCUGA